UUCGAAGUAAACAAGUUUAAGCAUUUUCCAUUCAGUUUCUCAUUUCUCUUCGCUAAUAUAACAAACGAAACUCCCCAAGUGUGUGGUUGUGUGCGUGCGGUGUUUUAACGCCCACCAAAAAGACUGAAACAAGGAGCUUCAGCCCAAAAGCGGCGAUCCCAGCACCUUAUCCUCAUCCAGAGCCACAGCCACAUCCUUGCCCAUUCUCCAGCGCAGCGGGAAGAAGAGGAGCGCGGCGGCGGCGUGAAGGAAGCUAACGCUAAUGAGGAUCUAUUGGCAGCAUGAGUACACUGGGGGGAAGUAGGGGAGAGCGAAAUGCCAAGCCCAAAUUCACAGCGUUGGAUAUAAAUCGCAUGUACAAGAAUAGCCGCGGCGAGUCAAGUGAACCAUCUGCACAAAAGAAUCAAGUGCCACGUAAACAUGGAAUGCAAAUCUUGGGCAAAGUGCCGUCCGCUAGGCGACCACCAGCCAAUCUGCCAUCCCUGAAGGCCGAGACCCACACCGGCAGCAACAAUAAUCUCCUAGUCUCAGUCGAAGGAGCCACAUCUGGAGGAGCAGGCGCAGGCGGAGCAGCGGGAGCAGGCGCGGCAGGAACAAACACUAGCCACAACAACACCACUGCCCACAGCGGAAGUUCAGGAGCAGGCGGAUCAGGCGGAGCGGGUUCAGGCGGAGGAGGAGCUGCGUCGUCAUCUGCUGGCGGACAUCAUACCCAGCAGCAAGCCCACAGCCAGCACCAGCACAACAAUAACAUCGGCCUUGGCCCGAACGCCGGAAAGUUCGUCAAUAGCAACAACAGCAGCAGCAACAACAACGCCGGCAACUCAGGCGGCGGCAAUAAGAACUUCAAAUUAAUCAACAACUCCGUCAGCAGCUCCGGCGCCGGAGGAGGAGGAGGAUCGGGCGGCAGCGGCGGCUCGGCAGGAGGAGGAGGAGUAGGCUCCGGAUCGGGCGGACACUCAGUCAACUCGCCCAAAACAUGGUCUGCCAUCACCACAGGACACGAUCGGGGCUCGGGCGGCCAGCACUUUGGCCGUCAGCAGCAGCAGGUUGUGCCCCACUACCAGAGUCCGCAGUUCCAGUACGAGUUCCCCACGCUGGACGGCACAGUUGGCAGCGGCGCCGGCGGCGCAACCGGUGCGGGUGUGGGAUCCGGUGCUGGAGUAGGCAAGAGCCACUAUCAGAACCAGGCACACCACACUGGCCACCAAAAUCACCACCAGCAUCAGCAGCACCACCAGCAGCAUCAACAGCACCACCACCAGCAGCAACAGCACCAUCGGGACUACCACCAUGGCCACGGGCGCCAGUAUGGACACCACUCGCAUCGCGACUACAGAGAUGGCAGCGACGACGUCGGCGGCGGGUCUGCAGACCUGGGCGAGCUCAGCCUUCGUCCACAGAACGACACGGCCGCCUGGCUACAGCAGCAGGAGAAGGCAGCCAAGGUGGCAGCGGCUGCGGCAGCGGACCAGGGCCUCAACCUACAGGGCCCGGUCCACCACCAGAUGGGGGGUAACGGCGGCGGAGGAGGAGGUUCGGGCGGAGCUGUGCCUUUGCCCAUCCUCUCUUUGAUGCCCUCGUUCAUGCGCAGCGGUGCUCCGUUACCCGCCGCCGGAGCGACGGCGGCCAGCAUCUUGGCCGGUGGAUCCUUGGACUCCGCCGUCCUGCCCAACGCUCCCUACCAGAACGGCAUCCUGGGCGGUCGUUCUGCCUCGCCUGCGGUAGUGGGCAGUGGUGGCUUCCGGGCGGCCACAGCCAUCCCUAAACGACCACCGGCUUCCUCCUCGCCCCCGCAAUCUGGACUGGGCAUCGGAGGAUCUCCCACGCCCCCACAAUCCCAGCAGCAGCAGGCUAAUGGGGGAGGCAACGGAGCCGGUCGUAAGGACAAGGAUUACGUGGUAGAGCCGGAGGUGGCUCAAAUGCAGCGUCCUAUUAUCCGCGAGGAGGACCUGGAGCGCCUCAACGCUAUCGCCAAGGACGACAGCUGGACCAAGCAGGACGACAUUGACUACACGAAGAAACUAACAUUCUCGGACGACGAGUCCACGCCGGAGGAGCACCAGGGACAGGGGAAGCAGCAGCACAGCUCCGCCCAGCUGCAGUCGCAAGGAUCCUCCUCAGUAUUGGCUGGAAAUGAUCAACGCAAGCUGUCCACCUCCACGUCCAGUUGGCAGCGCGGCAAGGAGAGCACUGAGCGCGAACAGCCACCCGAAGUUAUUCAAGAUCAGCAGCAGCUACAGCAGCAACAGCAGCUCCAGCAGCAGCAGCAAGAAAUCCGCCAGCAGAACGGCCAUCGAGGUAGCUCUGGCAAUGUGGGAGCGCCAGUGGCCGGUGGAAUCGCCCUGGAUGCUAGCGUUUACGAGCGAGUGAAGUUGCGAAAGGAGGAGGAGGAGCGUCGCGAGAUGGAACGCAAGCAGGCUGCCGCCAAGAAGCUGCAAGAACUAGAAAUGAAGAUGAAUAGCAAAAAGGCUGCGGCGGCAGCUCUGGCAGGAGUAGAGGGAGGAGCACUAUCGUCCUCGGCCUCGACAUCGUUGUCCAAUGAGGUGCCACCUCCGUCCGCUCCUCUGGGCAACGUCAGCGAAGACGAGGGAGGAGGCCAAGGCGGAGGCGCAGGCCUGCACCGUCGACCCCGCGGAAGCAUCUCUAGCCUGGGCAGCGGUGUCACUCCCACGGGAGGAGCUGGUGGUGGCGGCAGCGGCGGUGGAGCCUCGUCAUCCUCGUCGGCAGGCGGCGACUACGGUCAAAAGACCUUCCUCACCCAUUUCCAAUCAAACUUACCACCCCGUUUCCAGCGCCAACAGCAGCAACAGCAACAGCAGCUGCCGCGCCUGGAGAAGAGCGCCUCGGCCAGCAGCGCAUUCGAUAGCAAUUCCCGCUAUCUGCAAAAAGGUGGGGUUGGCGGAGGAGGAGGUGCCAGUGGAGGACCACAGGCCAGUGCUGGACAGGGUCGCACCAUUUCCGGCGGCUAUGCGCAGCGGGGUGCCAGCGUUGGAGGAAGCGGCGGGCGAUACGGGCGCAACCGACACGACAGCAACACUGCUCGAGAGGAACAGGAGUUGGAACAGCAGCAGCAGCGGUUCACCCGCGGUCAGGACUACCGACAGGCACAAGCGCUGCCGCGCAGCAUAUCUGAGAACUCACACCGCAAGACCAGCGUGUCAUCGGCUGGCGAUGAUGUCCUGGGCGCCGGAAGCGGCUCCUGUUCAUCGUGGGCAGAGCAAACGGAUGCAGAGCAGAAGGUUCACCAUCGUCACCGUGAGGAGAGCUUUUCCUCCACCCACAGCCACGAUUCGGCGGUUCAAAUCAAAAUCCUGCAGCGUCCGGCCCGUCAGCCGAGCCUAAGUGAGGAGUCCUCGGCCCAGCAGAAGCUGCUGCCUGCCUCGCCGCAGCAGCAGAAGUCGCUGACGGCGGAUCCCAUGCCCACGCAGAUUCUGCGACGUAGCGUGGAGAUCGAAAAGCCCGGAGAGGAGCGGACGGACGACAAGUCCGCAUUGGAAUCGGAGGACAAGGCGAAGACAGCGGCUGGCAAGGUGGAAGAGGACAAGUCCGGCAACAAGCGUCCAAGUCCCAGAAGCGGAGCAGCAUGCGGAGGACGAGGUGGCCGUAGCUAUACCAGCGGCAGUGGCGGAUCAUCUGUCGGAUCGGGUAGUAGCUACCGCGGCCAGAGGAGCGCCAGUGACUGGAGCAGCAGUCGUGGCAGCGGCGGCGGUGGCAGACGCUACUACGGUAGCGGCGGCGAGCAGUCGGAGCACUCGGAGGACGUGGAUGAGGACUGCUACAGCAGUGGAGGAGGCGGAGCGGCAGCAGCAGCGCGCCGCAGCCCCAAAGAAGCGGGCAGCAGUGCAUCCAAUUCCGGCCAGGCUGCGGCCAACAAGGCGGGCUUCUCACCCCGCGGCGAACCAUCGCGACGUGGACGUGGCGGCCUCUCUAGCGGAGGAGGCGGUUCCGCCCCCGGUUACCGUCGACAGCCCGUUGGCUCUGGCUCCGCUGGAGGAUCAGGAACGGGAGGAGCGGGGCGCACCUAUGGCAGACUUGGUUACGAGGAGUACGGCAAGCAGCAGCGCACCUCCGAAUCGGAAGCGGACCUGGACAAGACCAAGCAGAACCAGCUGGCACUGAGCGCCGGCCUGCACAAACCGAGCAAGGAUGACAAGGAUCCGUCUGCGCUCAGCGGCGAGGAGAAGGACAAGACAGCCACUCUGGCUCCCGCCCACAACACUGCCCUGCUGGCGAAGGACGAGUUGCAGAAGGACUCGGCGGGACGCCUGCCUCCCGGCCUCUCGACAGCGGGCGGCCCGGCGGGACCUGCUUCAGCCGCAUCCACAUCGGUCGCAGUUCCCAGCUCGGCGGACAAAAAGAAGGGUGAGUCCUGUGCCGUUGUGGGCGGCGAAAAGGUGGUGGGCGGCAAGUUGCCUGCCAUCGGCGAGAAGACCUCACUAGGCGCCGUUGGCUCGGGCCCAUCGACAAAUCUCCUGUUGGAUGCCGGUGCCCCCGUCAACACGAUCAUCUUCGAGAACUCGACUUACAAGCAGCAGGCAGCGGCCGCUGCCGUCGUGGCCAAACCAGGAACGCUCUCUGUGUCCAGUGGCGGCGCCACUAUGACCGUCGAUAGCCUGUCCAGUGCGCUCUCUCAGAUGAGUUUCGGGGGCAAGGCGACGGCUUCGGGCGCCGUCGACGAUUCCCAGGACAUGAAGUUGGGAUUCAACUUUGGCGAUGACCCCACAACGCCUCUUAAGGUGGUGGACACCAUCGAUAAAACGCCCAGCCAGCAGCAACAACAACACUCCCAGCAACAACAGCAGCAGCAGCAAAACAACUCGACGGCGGAUCUUAACAUGAAGAUAGCCAGCGUGAAGAAGGUUUGGGAGGCCACGCCCAUGUCCGACGGUCCAUCGCCGGCGCAGGUGCAACAACAGCAGCAGCAGCCCCAGCAGCAACAGCAGUCGCAAGUGCAGGUGGUUGCGCAGCAGCAGCAACAACAGCAGGUGGUGGGACCGCAGCAGACUGGCGACGAUGGCAAUAGCCACAUGAGCGCAGCAUCCUUCGUGGCCGCAGUGGCCGCCUCACAGCACCAGCAGCAGCAUCAGCAAAUGCCCCACUACGCGGUGUCGGCGGUGCACAUGCAGAGCCACCACCACCAACAGCAGCAGCAGCAGCAGGCGGCGGCAGCGGUGGCGGCAGCGCAGGCGCAGCACCACCAGCAGCAGCAGCAGGCACAGGCGCACCACCAGCACCAUGCGCUCUCCUCGCCGGGCCCGGUGCCCGGAGGGCAUGGCCAUGGCUACGGCCAUGGGUCGCCGUUCGACGCGGGAUCGUUGGAGCAGCAGUUCCAGCAGGAGGACUACCCCAGUCCCCAGCAGCAACAGCAGGCGCACCAGAAAACCAAGCAGUUGCAGCAGCAGCAGCACCUGGGCAUGUCUCCGCCGCCCAGUCAGCAGCAGCACUCGCAGCAGCAGCAGCAGGCACAUCAGCAACAGCAGCAGCAGGCCCACCAACAACAGCAACAGCCCUCGUUCUACCAGGCGUCCCCACAGUUCGGCGUUGGGGGCAUUUCCACGAUCCCCAGCCCGCCGGCCGUGGUGUACAACUCGUCGCAGAUGCCGCCGCCGCCACCGUCGCAGGGCGGCAAUCUGUACGCUUCAUUCCAUUCGCUCGAUCAUUCGAGCCGUUCGCCCGCCUACUCGGCGGCGGCGGCCGCCCACAGCUUCCCGAACCACUAUGCGGCAGCAGCAGCGGCGGCGGCGGCAGCGGCCGCGGGCGGCGGUCCCUUCAAUGUGAACGUGAACGCAUACGCAAUGCAGACGCCACACGGCGGCAAUCUGCCGCCCUCGGCGCCCACUCCGGACAUGUACUCGAACCUCUCCUCCCAGUUCCGGCUGGGCGGCGGUCCGGGUCCUGGACCGGGUCCCUUCGGCCAGCCCAGCUCGCAGCAGCUGAACAACCCGACUAACCACGCCGCGGUGGCAAUCAUCUCGUCCAGCAGCAACUCCAUGAUGUCGUCAGGGGCGGCCAAGCCGCCGCCCAGCCAGCAGCCCAUCGGGGCCAUAGGCUCUAAGUCGGCGGGCAGCGGCGGUGGUCCAGGACCAGGACCCGGCCCCUACGCUACCACCCAGCAGUACAUGAAUCUUUAUGCGGGCCCGCCGCAGCAUCCGGGUCAGGGCGGUCCGCCGCCCGGCGCUCACCAAUUGCAGUCGAACAGCUACUACUCGAAUUCGGCGCCAGGCGGCCCCAGCGGACCGCAGUUUUACGGCGGACCUCCGCCGCAGGGCAAUGGCGGAGCACAGAGCUACGGCCUAGCCACCGCCGCCGGCAUGUAUGGCGGCCAUCAGGCCGGACCGCCCGGUUCCAAUGGACCGCCGGGACCGCCACAGUCGCAGCACACCAUGGGCACCUUCAAUACGCAGUUCAUGAACUCGCAGCUGCUGACGGCGGCCAGCAUCAACCAGUACCGCGGCGGACCAACGCCCGGAGCCGCUUAUCUCAAAGGCAGCCAGGGACAGGCACACAUGCAGGACUCGAUGGGUCGUCAGCUGAAAAGUCCACUGAGCGCCGACAUGAGCCUCGGUCUGGCCAAGCAGGUGCAGUCGCAGCCCAGUCCGCCGCACCAUAAGAACUACGGCGCGUGGGACCUACAGAACCAGGUGCUGCAGCAGCAGCAGCAAUCUCAGCAGCAACAGCAGCAGCAGCAGCGGCAGGGCGGCGGCGGAGGCGGCAAUGGGCCGAACAUGAACGCCCUGGGCGGACGUGGCAGCGGGGCGGUGGGCAGCGGCAGCGGCAACGGAGGAGGCGGUGGCUCCCAGGUGGGCGGCAAUGGCGGUGGCAAUGGUGUCGGCAGCGUCGGCCAAAGUGGCGGCGGCCAGGGACGCUAUCCCACGCCCAUCCAGCGGCCCAACAACUACCCCCAGCAUCCCCAGCAGCAGCAGCAACAGCAGCAGCAACAACAGCAGCAGCAGCAGCAGCGGGAUCAAGCGGCGGCGGCUCAGCGGGCCCAAAACAUGCGCCAGGUGACCGGUGGCGGCGGAGGAGUGUCCGGAGGAGCCGGCGGCGGCGGCAGCAAUACACCUGUGGGACCGCCCGGAGGCAAUAACGGUGGCAAUGGCGGUCCAGGUGGAGCGGGCGGAGGAGGAGUGACCGGCGGAGCGGCCGGCUCUGGACCCGGGAAGCCCUAUUAUGCGAAUAAUGCCACCGGCACGUCCGGCGGCGCCAAUCGUGGGGAGUGGCAUGCGAACUGAGCGAACUAAACUACCCAGACCGCCACCCCAGCCACCCGUCAGUAAACCCCCGAAACAAAAACAUAGAGAUACAAAUGGAAAGCAGAGGAAAUCAGUCCGAGAGCUGGAGGAAAGUAUCCCAUACAAACCGAGAACAUGAACGCAAACAGAGGAAGCCAGGAGUAAAAACUAGCGAAAGCCAAGAGAAAGUGGAAUAUUAACGAGCGAAACCAAGCGAAACACAAACAUUCAACCUUCAAACAUCAAGAUCAUGGUGUCUGUGGAAGGGGCGAUGUGAGUAGGAAAGUGAGCUAUUGGGGGAUUCCCCGUCACAACCGCAAAAGGCAACUCAGCAAAUUAUCAGCGAAAGUAAACGUAGCGAAGAAAGUAAUCGCAAAUCGAAAGUGAGAAGACGAAAGGUUCAACAGGAAACGAGUAAGGAAAAACUAAUUGCAAGAAGAAAUAUUUAAAAAACACCACACCACACAACACACACACACACACAUGCAUACAUAUACAUAAACAUACAUACUUACAUAAAAUAGCAGAGUGUAUUUUUUGUCAAACAAAUUUACAUAAUAAUAUAUUACUUUUAUAUACUUA